GGCAACACACAGGACAAAACAAAAUUCCACUUGAAUAUUUAUGUGCGCAUGCGUAGCUCACCAAGGAGGAAGCAGGCGGCCGACGCUGCGUGAGGAUAGUCUUUUCCAUUUUGCUGUUGCAACGCAGGAAGGUUAUGUUCGCUGGAAGACUGAAGUAACCGCAGUGUGAAGAAGCUGUAAGGACACCAUGUGGUGGUUCCAGCAGGGUCUCUGCCUCCUGCCCGCUGCUCUGGUCGUUUGGACGGUGGCGUCCUUCGUCUUCGCCUACAUCACAGCGGUGGUGCUGAGACAUGUGGAUCCUGUGGUGCCUUACAUCAGUGACACAGGAACAUUGGCACCGGAGAGGUGUGUGUUCGGGAUCAUGAUGGAUGUUUCAGCUUUCUUAGGCAUUGCCACGGUGUAUGUGCGUUACAAGCAGGUGGAGGCUCUUCACGAUGACGAGGUCAAACUCCAAAGACUGAACUGCUUUGGGCUAGUCCUCGGCUGGAUGAGCUCCUUUGGGAUGUGUGUGGUGGCCAACUUCCAGAAGACCACCAUUUUCUCCAUGCACCUGGUGGGGGCGGUGUUGACAUUUGGUGUCGGAGCGCUCUACAUCCUGGUUCAGACGCUGCUGUCGCAUUACAUGCAGCCUCAAAUCCACAGCAAGACCACGUUUGUGGUUCGCCUCACCAUCCUGGUCUGGACCCUGGGCAGCAUCAUCAGCAUGUUUGUAUCAUCAGUCAUCAUGUACACCGUUCUGUCAGGAGUAGAUGUACCCCGUAAGCUACACUGGCUCCCAGGAGAACCGGGCUACGUGCCGCAUAUGGUCAGCACGGUGUCUGAGUGGUUCCUGGCCUUUUCCUUCAUCAGCUUCUUCCUCACUUACAUCAGAGAUUUUCAGAAAAUAAACUUGCGAGCAGUAGCGGUUUUGCAGAGCAGCCAUCUGUAUGACGGGAAUAUUCCACCUUCUCGUCAGAACAGACCGUCCGAAACUUCUCCGCUGCUGGCUGGAACAACGUGACACAAAGUGCAGCUGUAGCCGAGUCUGCUUCAGAUUUGUUUGCUUGUCCUUAGCAAAUUUGAAGUUUUUUCAUAAAGAAUAUGCAAAGACUUUUAAGGGUCAGAGCACCAUGACAUCUCCUCUGUCUUAUUGUACUGUAUAUAGUCCGAUACUGAGAUUCUGAAGCAAUCCGACUCAAAGGUUUGUCUCACCUGCUGUAAUCUGCAGAGGGCUGCGUUAAGUUUGAGCUGCUCACACCAUAAGAAGGUCUUUGUAUUGUUUUUCAUAUGAGAUCUCCAAAUGGUUACGAUAACUAAAACCUGUGGAACCAAACAAGCAAGUUGUUUUUAUUAUUUGUUCUUCACUAAACUGACGAUAAUGCAGAUAUUUAUUCAGUUGCACUAUAAUCAACAUAUCUGUACCAUGAUGCAAAGCAGCGCUUUCCUAACUGAUUACUUAGCUUACAUUUUAAAUGCAUAGUAUUAAACUGUUAGUCAUUUAACAACAGUUAUUAAAUGUUGUCUUAGACCCUGUUGUAAUCCAUAACUGGCCUGGCAAAACUAUAUCAAAAAGUAUUCAUGGAUUUCUUACAUUUUUAAUCAAUAUAUAUAAAUUCUUUUUGGUCUAUGUUGUGUUUUUUUGUUUGUUUUUUGCUUAUCUGAGCACAGACUUUAUUAACUUAGGGGCUAAUGGUAUUCUAACAUUUACAUACCAGCUGUCAGUGAGCAUGAAUAAAUGUUUUAUUUGUACUGU